UUGAUCGCGGACUUGAGCGGCAGCGGCGGCUGCUCGGGAGAAAGGGGCGCGGGCUGCUGGCGCGCUGCUCGGCGAGAAGAAGCUUCCGACGGCCGCCGGACGCUGAGCCGGGCGGACGGGGCGGCCUGGCCCCGGGCAUGGAGCGCGGGGGCGCAGGGUCUCGGGACGUUUGGGAAGCUCUUCGUCCGAGCCCGCGGCGCGCCUGAAGUUGCAGCCGGCCAGCGGCCAGCAGCGAGCUUACGGCCCAAGGGAACUCCUGAGCGGCCGGCGCGCCGCGGACGAGCCUUCGUGCCGGCGGUGAGACUCGGCGGCGGCCAGCACCCAGGCAGGCGGCCCGUGGGGGCUGGCCCGGCGGAGAGCAGAGCCCGAGGCGAGGCGCCUCUUUGCGCACGCACACGGAGCCAUGAGGUGCCACAUUGUCACCAGCUGCCACGUGGUCUGGCUUUUUGUGCUGCUCUCUGGAUGCUGGGGCCAGGUGAACCGACUGCCCUUCUUCACCAACCACUUCUUUGACACAUACCUGCUGAUCAGUGAGGACACACCUGUGGGUUCUUCUGUGACCCAGUUGCUGGCUCGAGACAUGGACAAUGAUCCCCUUGUGUUCGGUGUGUCUGGGGAGGAGGCCUCCCGCUUCUUUGCUGUGGAGCCUGACACAGGCGUGGUGUGGCUCCGGCAGCCUCUGGACAGAGAGACCAAGUCGGAGUUCACAGUGGAGUUCUCCGUCAGUGAUCACCAGGGGGUGAUCACCCGGAAGGUGAACAUCCAGGUCGGGGACGUGAAUGACAACGCACCCACAUUUCACAAUCAGCCCUACAGUGUCCGCAUCCCUGAGAACACACCGGUGGGGACACCCAUCUUCAUCGUGAAUGCCACGGACCCCGAUCUGGGUGCAGGUGGCAGUGUCCUCUACUCCUUCCAGCCCCCUUCUCAGUUCUUCGCCAUCGACAGUGCACGAGGCAUUGUCACCGUGAUCCAGGAGCUGGACUACGAGACCACGCAGGCCUAUCAGCUCACGGUCAACGCCACGGAUCAAGAUAAGACCAGGCCUCUGUCCACCUUGGCCAACUUGGCCAUCAUCAUCACAGAUGUCCAGGACAUGGACCCCAUCUUCAUCAAUCUGCCUUACAGCACCAACAUCUAUGAGCAUUCUCCUCCGGGCACAACGGUGCGCAUUGUCACUGCCAUUGACCAGGACAAAGGACGCCCCCGGGGCAUUGGCUACACCAUCGUUUCAGGGAAUACCAACAGCAUCUUUGCCCUGGACUAUAUCAGCGGAGCUCUGACCUUGAAUGGCCUACUGGACCGGGAGAACCCCCUGUACAGCCAUGGCUUCAUCCUGACAGUAAAGGGCACAGAGCUGAAUGAUGACCGCACCCCAUCUGAUGCCACAGUCACCACGACCUUCAACAUCCUGGUUAUUGACAUCAAUGACAAUGCCCCGGAAUUCAACAGCUCUGACUACAGUGUGGCCAUCACUGAGCUGGCACAGGUCGGCUUUGCCCUCCCCCUCUUCAUCCAGGUGGUGGACAAGGAUGAGGGCCUGAACAGCAUGUUCGAGGUGUACCUGGUGGGGAACAACUCCCACCACUUCAUCAUCUCCCCUACCUCAGUCCAAGGGAAGGCGGACAUUCGCAUCCGGGUGGCCAUCCCCCUGGACUAUGAGACUGUGGACCGCUACGACUUCGAUCUCUUUGCCAAUGAGAGUGUGCCUGACCACGUGGGCUAUGCCAAGGUGAAGAUCACCCUCAUCAACGAGAAUGACAACCGGCCCAUCUUCAGCCAGCCACUGUACAAUAUCAGCUUAUAUGAGAAUGUCACCGUGGGGACCUCUGUGCUAACCGUCCUGGCAACAGACAAUGAUGUGGGCACCUUUGGGGAAGUCAGCUACUUCUUCAGCGAUGACCCUGACCGGUUCUCCCUGGACAAGGACACGGGACUUAUCCUGCUGAUUGCCCGACUGGACUACGAGCUCAUCCAACGCUUCACCUUGACAGUCAUUGCCAGGGAUGGGGGCGGGGAGGAGACCACAGGCCGGGUCAGGGUCAACGUGUUGGAUGUAAAUGACAACAUGCCCACCUUCCAGAAGGACGCCUACGUGGGUGCCCUGAGAGAGAAUGAGCCCUCUGUCACACAGCUGGUGCGGCUCCGGGCGACAGAUGAAGACUCCCCCCCCAACAACCAGAUCGCGUACAGCAUCAUCAGCGCUUCGGCCUUUGGCAGCUACUUUGACAUCAGCGUGUAUGAGGGCUAUGGGGUGAUCAGUGUGAGCCGUCCCCUGGAUUAUGAACAGAUACCCAAUGGGCUGAUUUAUCUGAUUGUCAUGGCCAAGGAUGCUGGCAACCCCCCUCUGAACAGCACUGUUCCUGUCACCAUCGAGGUGUUUGAUGAGAAUGACAACCCUCCCACCUUCAGCAAGCCUGCCUACUUCGUGUCCGUGGUAGAGAACAUCAUGGCAGGCGCCACAGUGCUGUUCGUGAAUGCCACAGACCUGGACCGCUCCCGGGAGUAUGGCCAGGAGUCUAUCAUAUACUCCUUGGAGGGCUCUUCCCAGUUUCGGAUCAACGCCCGCUCAGGUGAAAUUACCACCACGUCCUUGCUUGACCGUGAGACCAAGUCUGAAUACAUCCUCAUUGUGCGCGCUGUGGAUGGGGGCGUGGGCCACAACCAGAAAACCGGCAUCGCCACCGUGAACAUCACCCUCCUGGACAUCAACGACAACCACCCCACCUGGAAGGACGCUCCCUACUACAUCAACCUGGUGGAGAUGACCCCUCCAGACUCUGACGUGACCACAGUGGUGGCUGUGGACCCAGACCUGGGGGAGAACGGCACCCUGCUGUACAGCAUCCAGCCUCCCAACAAGUUCUACAGCCUGAACAUCACCACAGGCAAGAUCCGCACCACCCACGUCAUGCUGGACCGGGAGAACCCUGACCCCCUUGAGGCGGAGCUGAUGCGCAAGAUCAUCGUCUCCGUCACCGACUGUGGCAGGCCCCCUCUGAGAGCCACCAGCAGUGCCACGGUGUUUGUGAACCUCCUGGACCUCAACGACAAUGACCCCACCUUUCAGAACCUGCCUUUCGUGGCCGAGGUGCUUGAGGGCAUCCCUGCAGGGGUCUCUGUCUACCAGGUGGUGGCUAUCGACCUGGACGAAGGUCUGAAUGGGCUAGUGGCCUACCGCGUGCAGGUGGGCAUUCCCCGCGUGGACUUCCUCAUCAACAGCAGCAGUGGGGUGGUGGUCACCACUGCCGAGCUGGACCGCGAGCGCAUUGCCGAGUACCGGCUGCGGGUGGUGGCCAUUGACGCGGGCACACCUACCAAGAGCUCCACCAGCACACUCACCAUCCGAGUGCUGGAUGUGAACGACGAAACACCCACCUUCUUCCCGUCUGUGUACAACGUCUCUGUGUCUGAGGAUGUGCCACGGGACUUCCGGGUGGUCUGGCUCAACUGCACCGACAACGACGUGGGCCUCAACGCCGAGCUCAGCUACUUUAUCACAGGUGGAAAUGUGGAUGGGAAGUUCAGCGUUGGCUACCGUGAUGCAGUCAUGAGGACGGUGGUGAGCCUGGACCGGGAGACCACGGCUGCCUACACGCUCGUCCUGGAGGCCAUCGACAACGGCCCAGUAGGCAAGCGGCGCACAGGCACAGCCACCGUAUUCAUCACCGUCCUGGAUGUGAACGACAACCGGCCCAUCUUUCUGCAGAGCAGCUACGAAGCCAGUGUCCCCGAGGACAUCGCUGAGGGCCACAGCAUUGUGCAGCUAAAAGCCUCCGAUGCGGAUGAGGGCGAGUUUGGGCGUGUGUGGUACCGCAUCCUGCGUGGUAACCACGGCAACAACUUCCGGAUCCAUGUCAGCAGCGGACUCCUGAUGCGAGGGCCCCGGGCCCUGGACCGGGAGUGGAACUCAUCCCACAUGCUGAUAGUGGAGGCCUACAACCAUGACCUGGGCCCCAUGCGGAGCUCUGUGAGGGUGAUAGUGUACGUGGAGGAUGUCAACGACGAGGCCCCCGUGUUCGUGCAGCAGCAAUACAGUCGCCUGGGACUUCGCGAGACUGCAGGCAUCGGCACCUCAGUCAUUGUCGUCCGAGCCACCGACCGGGACACUGGGGAUGGCGGCCUGGUGAACUACCGCAUCCUGUCAGGCGCAGAAGGGAAGUUCGAGAUCGAUGAGGGCACGGGGCUCAUCAUCACCGUAGAUUACCUGGAUUAUGAGACCAAGACCAGCUACCUGAUGAAUGUGUCUGCCACUGACCAGGCACCCCCCUUUAACCAGGGCUUCUGCAGCAUCUACAUCACUCUGCUCAACGAGCUGGAUGAGACUGUGCAGUUCUCCAAUGCCUCCUAUGAGGCUGCCAUCUUGGAGAACUUGGCCCUGGGCACUGAGAUUGUGCGGGUCCAGGCCUACUCCAUCGACAACCUCAAUCAGAUCACCUACCACUUUGACGCCUACACCAGUGCCCAGGCCAAAGCCCUCUUCAAGAUAGAUGCCAUCACAGGUGUGAUCACAGUUAAGGGCCUGGUGGACCGGGAGAAAGGCGACUUCUACACCUUGACAGUGGUGGCAGACGACGGUGGCCCCAAGGUGGACUCCACCGUGGUGAGUGGGCCCCCAGCUGAGAGCCUGUCAGCACCCCAAGGCACCUGCAAACCCACACCUUCAGCAGGAAUCCAGAUGCGGGCCGGGCAGUGGGUGAGGGUUUCAACAGCCUAGGGGUGGCAUUGUGGCCAGCUGUGCAGCGCCCUCCUGGGCAGCCUGGGCCAAGGAUGAGACCUUAGACUGCAUGAGGAAGGGUGUCCUCCACACACCAUUGCUUGGAGUGAGGCUGGCUACGCUGUGCACUGCUAACCACCUAUAUCCUUGCCUUUUCUCUCUCUCGGCCUCCUCCUGCCGGCUCUGCUACAGAAGGUAAGUAGCCUGGGGCACGCCCCUGUGUUGUCAGCUGUGGUAGGUGCUGGCUUGGCCCAUGCUGGCACUGGACCUGCCUGCCUGCCCUACAGACAGGGCAGCAGAUUCCUGCUCAGACACUUCACAACCACCCCAGUCCUUUUGUUCUCACACCUAAGUCCAGGCCCCUCUGGGGCACAUUCCCCAUAUCUAGCUGUGUCGUGCCAAGCCCCAUGGGGUGCUGGGACUGGGGAGGGUGGUGGGGUGCAGUAACAAGGAGUAGAUGGAGCACACAGAGGAAGAAACCCAGAGGCCUCGUCUCAAUUCUGUUCUUCACUGACUGUGUGACACAGGCAACUUGCUCAACCUCUCUGUGCUUCCCUUCUUUGGGUAUAACAUGAGGAUCAUGUCAGCAGCCCUGCCUUCCUUAGUGCCACAGGAGUGGCAUUUGUAAAGGGGAGCUCACCCUCUCUUGGGGUUGGGGGAAGGAGCAUGUAAUAUUACAGCUCAUGUGAAGUGGGGUGCACAGUGCCAGGGCCCAGGAAAUGCCGGGCAAGGGCAGCCGUGGGCACGGUGUGAAGUCAGGGCAGGGAGCACUUUGAGGAGGGCGGCCACUGAGGCCAGAGGUGUUGGGCACAGUUCCUAGGAGAGUGGGAGGGGCAGGCAGGGGAGCUCAGGCUGGGGGUCGAUACGGGUCGGGCCCCAGGCAAGGGGUGCACUGAAGUGGCAUUCUGCAAUGGUGACCAGAGCAUUCGACGAUCGGCAGGGCUUGGGCCCCGGCCAGUCAGGUCCGAGACCAUCUGUAGGCCACACGGGGCAUCCACCGCCCCAGCAGCCUGGGCUACGGCCACAUUUUCAUGCCCCACUGAGUCCCUUUCACAUAAGCCUAAAGGAAUGGAAGCAAGCCAGUGCCCAGGCUAAGAGCCAAACGCAGCUGCAUGGAGUCCUCUGUGUACCCCAUGGCUCCCAGGAGGCACCCAGGUCCAGUGGCUCUUGUGGCUUGGCUGUACCCCAAAGCCCCUCCAUCCACAGGGCCAGCUUGCAGGUGAGGGAGGCUACCGGCAGGAGGGAGCCCACUGCCCCCCAGGGGCCCAGAGGGCAGCCAGUGAGCAGCGCCCUUGGCGGGAGGCAGGGCAGGUAUCCUGUGGCCUUCCCAGCCGGAGGAGCUGAGACCCAGAGAGGCUAAGUGGGGCCCUCCCACCGCACCUCGGCGGUCUCAUCUGUGAAGGGUGCCUGUUGCCCCUCACCCCCUCCUCGUCACGAGGGGUCUGGGAGCUGUGGCCAGGAUGCUCCCUACAAAACUGCUGAAGUUCCUCCAUGAACUAGGCAGCCCACUUCCUCCGGGUGGGCUGGUGGGGGCAUUCCAGAACACACACUCCUGCAUGGGCCCGUGUGUUUCCAUGGUCCCUUCACCCUCUUGCAGGAAGAAUGACCCACCCCACUUUGCUGUGCCCUGGCUUCCUCUCAGAGGCUGUCAGGGCUCCUGCCCCAGAUACACCAGCCCCGUUAGCUCAGAACAUUGUUGAAGGUGCGAGGGUGGAGGCAGGCUGAGGGGCCUUUUAAAGGUGGCACCAUUUCCUUGGUGAGGCCGGAACCCCCAAACCACAGUUUACCUACACCUGACUCCUCCCUAACCCCAACAGCCCCCAUAGGCCCUGGGAGGGGCGGGGAGGCAGCAGGAAGGGGCAGGCAGCGUGGAAGGGGGCUGACUCCACUGUAAGAGUUCUUGAGUAACACUCUCAGGCCUUCGGGGGAUGAGAGGGGAGGGUUGGACCACAGAAGCCUGGGUGGGGACACAGACCCUUAUCUAAUUCCUGUAGACCUCGGCACCUGCUCUCCCUGCUGACCCACUGAGGCUGUUUCCCCACUGCUGGGAGCAUCUCAUAAACAUGAUCAUCCUCAGAGGAGUAGUCUUAGAGGAACCAUCUACUAUGUGCCAGGCUCUGGGCUGGGCUCAAGGCACAACAGGAAACCAAAAAGAUGCAGCCUCUGUCUUCACGAGCAUAGAUACAGUAGGGGAGGAUAUGGUCAAAUCCUCACCCCAGUAACAGUAUGCUACAAGAGAGAGCCUGUAGCUUCCCUGAGGAAGUGACUCAAACUGAAACCCACAGAAAGUAUAGGACCCUACAGAGCCAAGAGGGAAGAGUGUUUCAGGCAGAGGGAACAGCAUGGGCAAGGGCUCUGUGGUGAGAGGAAGCACAGGGAGAACAAACAAGUUCUUGACCCAAGUGAGAGUUUGGGCAGGAUCAGAGCAGAGGGGCAUGUUUGUUUUCGCCCUGAAAAUGGUGUGGUAGGCAUCAUUAUGCCCAUUUCCCAGGUGUACAGACUGGCACUCCAGGACUUCACAGAACUCCCUGACCAAAUUCAUGAUGGAUGGGCAGUCUCAGCAAAUGAGAUCAUGCCUGUCCGCUAGGCAGGGGCACAGGCCAGGGGACACCAUGCACCACCACUUAGUUUUUUGUUUGCUCAUUUACCCCCAGCUUGCCCAUGCUAUAGGUGUGCUUGUUCCUACUUUCAGCUGAGCAGAUGGAAAAUCAGAGAGGUCAAAUAACUUUUUCUAAAACCAUACAGCUAGUAAGUGGUAGGGUUGGUCCCACUGAAAGCCUGAGCUUUUUGCCCUGUGAUUUUGGCAGCUGCCUAAAGAUAGGGAACAUGGCUGGGACCAAGAAGAAGGGAAAUGUGAUUAAGAGGGAGGAUGAAAUGCAUCUCUUCUGCAGUGUGGUGAAGUUCUGAAGGCUUCCUGCGGAGCCUGUGUACACCAGGAGGCAGAAGGCAGGCCUGGGGAAGGAGAGGAUGGGGUCUGGCCGGGGAUUCCUAAAACCUGAGCUGCCUCCUGUUUUCCUCAACCCCCUCUGUGAACUUCAGAGGCACCUGUGGUUCCAGCCUCAUGGCCUGUGCCCUUCUGUGGGCUGGAGGCUGCAGACAUAAAACAAUAUGUUCUUCGCAUGCAAUUUGCAUGUUCCCAGUUUUUAUCUGAUAGUUGGAAAUUCCUCCUCAUCUGCCCUGUCCUCACUGGGCCUACCAAGCCAUCCCGUGGCCCCCUCCUGCUCCUGAGUCCUGUUUCCUUCUCUCUAAUACAGAGGUGCAAAUGAAGAAGCCUUCAGGCAGAUCGGGCUGCCAGAUGUGUUUAAGCUGGCCUGCACAUAUUUCUUUCCUUUAAUUUUUAUUUACUAGUUCCAUGUAAAAAUUUAGUUCCUAGUUCAUUGAAAAAUAGGGAGCUCUGACAAUGCCAAGCUGGCAUUCCCUCAUGGGUUUUUUUGCUGAGUAGCCUCCAUCCCCUUCAGCCAGGGCCCAUGCCUUCCAUCUCUCCCUGUGCUGCCACCUCCGAGGCCCCCCACACCCUUUCCCUCACUGUCCUGACCCCCAGCAUUUGAGGGUGCGUGGCCCUUCCCCACUGUACUGCUGGGAGAAGUGUGCACAGGCCUCCAUGUAAAGUGAGGAUUGGCAU